AUGCUCUGGCAGCCCGAGCACUCGCUGAAGCUUAAGCUGCGCUAUAGCUAUGCAGCGCAGGGUAACGCUGGCAUUGGUAUACCCGUUUACUUUGACAACUUCAAUCCGAAUCCGCCAGUGGAGCCACUGAAGCCAGUGCAGCCUGUAGCAGUGGUCGCGCCAGUGAGUCUGCAGACGCCCGGCUUCCCGCAGAAUCUGCCCAUUGUGGGCACGCUGUUGACCAACUUGCCGCUGCAAAACCUGCUCACCGGCCUCAAUCUGGGCCAACUGGGUCAACUGGGCCAACUGGGUAGUCUUGGUAAUUUUGGUAACUUCGGCCAGCUGGGCAAUCUGCCCGGCUUUGGGCCGCCUGCCAAGCCACCGGGUGGCGAUCUCGGCUCACCGGCACAGACCUGUCCACUAAGCCAGAAGCUCAGCUGCCGCUGCGAGCCGCUGAUCUCGCUGCCGCUGCGACAGCCAGAUGCACAGAGCCUCGUGCAGAUCCUCAAGCAGAACGUCCGCCACAACGAGAACGGCAGCCAGGAGCUGCACUUGGUGCUGAGCAACGGACACGUGAUCUACCAUCGCAACGACCAGGUCGCCAGCAGCCAGCUGGGCUACUAUGCGCUGCCCUUCCAAACGGGGCACUAUCUGAACAUUCGCUACAGCAUUAAUCAGGCCAACUAUACGAUCAAGGCCGAGGUGGACAGCUCGGCGCCCAGUACCGACUUUGAGCUCUAG